CGUGAACAGUGUCUACUCCUCCUGCUCCAAAACGUUUUCGAUCCGUAAACAUUGAAAUGGCAAAGGUUGUGGUUGAUCAAAAGGCUUACCUGAAGAAGUAUCUGCGUUCUGAUAAAGAUGAAAAGAAGAAGAAAAAGAAGAAAGUGAAAGUCGCCUCCACCAAUGUUAAAAUCAUCGACGACGACAUUGACCUGAACCACAUACGUCCAGUCGACGAAGGGGAAUUCGAGAUUCUCAAUGCAACAGAGGAUGCACCGCAAAUCGUAGGAAUCAUCGACGAGCGUGGGCCAGUUGAUUUCGCCGAUAAAAGGAGAUGGAAAAUAAUAGCAGACGAUGGGGAUGGAAACGUCGCUGUGAGCUGCAGCCAGUCACGCUCCAGGGACGUAGAGAACGAAUCGAUAUCAAACGACAGUGUCCCCAAACCCUCUCAAAAGCCUCCUAGAGACGAUAAAAGGGAGAGUAAAAAUGGUAAUUCUAAUCAAACUCCACCCAGAAAAUCCAGAAAACAUUCUGACGAUGAUUUGUCCCCACCCAGGAAGGCCCACUCCAAGAAAAAAUCCAGAAAACGUAAGAAGAGUUCGAACAUUGAAACGAGCUCCUCCUCGAGUUCCAGCUCAUCUUCAGAUUCCGAGCCUAGCAAAAAUAGUAAAUCAAAGUCUAAAAAGUCUUCAAAACAUCGUGGAACAACUCCUGAUGAUGAGGAUUCUGAUUUGAGUCCUCCACGGCCACGAAAACGAAGAGAUUCUGAUGAUUUGAGCCCUCCGAGGUCACGAAAACAGAAAAAUUUGAGUCCUGCAAAUACCAAGAGGUAUCAGAACCAGUCAGACAGUGAUAUAAGUCCCCCUAGAAGGAAUAAAAAAGGUCCUGAAGACUUUAGGAGGAGAAGACCAGACGAUUUCGAUCUGGAUCCUCCGAGGAGACCCCAGGGCCAUUCUAGCAGAAGGAACUACGACCUCAAUUCGAGUCCUUCAGGAUCUAAGAGACGAAGGGACUCAGAUGAGGACCUGAGUCCCCCCAGAAGGCCUCCUAGAGACUCGAGAGACUCUAGAAGUCAUAAAAAUACUUAUUCAGACUUCAGUCCACCAAGAAAAUCCAGGAGGGAAGAUCCAAAAUUUUACAAGAGAGACAGGCGAUCAGAUUCUGACUUGAGUCCCCCUAGAAAAUCAAAUAAACCUGAAUCGAGGUCAUCUAGGAGGCAAGGAGGCUCUGAUUCAGACUUGAGUCCUCCCAGGCACCGAAGGAAUGACCAAAAAAAUCCCAGAUCAGACUUCCAACGAGAUAAAUCCGAGUCCUCUCGACGAAACCAAGAGAAAUCCUCUGGAAGAAAAAAAUCCAGGUGGAACGAAGAAGAGGAAAGUAGGAAGUCUUCAUCCCCAGACGUCGAAAGACGAAUGAAGAAGACUUUAAGUGGUAAAACUGCAGGUCUGCUAGACGCCAAUGCCCUGAGGGAGGAGACAAUAGCACACAAGAAACGAGAGAGGGAAUUAUUCAACAAAAUGAGUGCAGAGGUGAGUGGAGAGGGACAGGCGCCAGUUUUGCGUGACAGGAAGACUGGGAGAAAACGUGAUUUGGCUGCUGAGGCUGCUGAUAAAAGGCAGAAGGAGAAGGAACAAGCGAAAAUCGAUGAGAAAUAUGCCAAGUGGGGGAAAGGGCUGAAACAAGUGAGCGACCAAACUCAGAAGCUCAAGGACGAUCUCUACGAGAUGAGCAAACCCCUGGCAAGAUACGCCGACGAUGUUGAUUUAGAUUCGCAACAACGGGCAAUGGAGUACGCCGAGGAUCCAAUGCUCGCUUACAUCAAAGAUAAACAGAUUAAAGAAGGGAAGAGAGAGCCUGAUGCACCGACUUACGAGGGCUCAUUCAUGCCAAAUCGAUUUGGAAUUAAACCGGGUCACCGUUGGGACGGUGUUGACCGUAGCAACGGAUAUGAGAAAAAAUGGUUUGAGGCUCGCAAUUCCCGAGCCGCUGUGCAAGAGGAGGCGUACAAAUGGUCCACCGCAGACAUGUAAAUUUCACAUUCAU